AUGUUGCCCUGGCUUCUUGUCUCCUCUACCUUGGUUCUUCUGGCAUGGGGUGUUUCCUCCUGGGAAAACCCACAAAUCAAACAGGUGUCAGAAGGGCUGCAGCGGCUGUCGGGCAGCUUCUCCCAGCUGGCUGAGAAGGGCAGAAUGGGCCGUGAUGAUGUCUUCAUCAUGGUCUCCCGUGAGGAAUGGGGGGCAGAAGCAGCUGGCUGCAGCUCUAAGCUGAGGAGGCCCGUGGAUGUCCUUGUCAUACACCAUGUCCCUGGGCUAGAAUGCCACAACCAGACUGUCUGUGUUCAGCAGCUUCGGGAACUACAGGCCCAUCAUAUCCGCAACCGCUGGUGUGAUGUGGCCUACAAUUUCCUGGUUGGGGAUGAUGGCAGAGUAUAUGAAGGUGUUGGCUGGAAUGUCCAAGGCUCACACGGCCAGGGCUACAACAACAUCUCCUUAGGCGUUGCCUUCUUCGGCACCCAGGACGGACGCAGUCCCAGCCCUGUAGCUCUGUCAGCCAUGAAGGGCCUGAUUUCCCAUGCUGUGAAGAAGGGCUACUUGUCAUCCAAGUACAUUCAGCCACUUCUUGUGAAAACUGAAGACUGCCUGGCUCCUGCACAGAUGCGGGGACAGAAGACAGCUUGCCCCCACAUUGUUCCACGGUCUGCAUGGGGGGCAAGAGAGUCCCACUGCCCCAAGAUGGCUCUCCCUGCGAAGUACGCCAUCAUCCUUCACACUGCUGGGAGAACGUGCAGUCAGCCUGCUGAGUGCCGCCUGCUGGUCCGAGACCUCCAGUCCUUCUUCAUGGACAGACGAAACACGUGUGACAUUGGAUACAACUUCCUCGUGGGCCAGGAUGGUGGUGUUUAUGAAGGGGUGGGCUGGAACAGUCAAGGCGCCUGUACUGAUGGGUAUGACGACAUUGCUUUGAGCAUCACCUUCAUGGGCAUCUUCACAGGUUCCCCACCCAAUGCAGCUGCCUUGGAGGCAGCCCAGGACUUGAUCCAGUGUGCCAUGGUCAAGGGGUACCUAACCCCCAACUACUUGCUAAUGGGUCACAGCGAUGUAUCCAACACUCUGUCCCCUGGGCAGGCACUGUACAACAUCAUCAAGAUGUGGCCUCACUUCAAGCACUGA